CUCCGAGCAGCGCAUCCUCCCUUCUCGGAAACCGAGAUGAAAGCAGUGUGGUUGGUGGCCGUGCUCAUCGUGUCUGAUUCUUCGGCAACGCCGCUCUGUCCAGCCAUUCUGCCGAAUGAAGGCCGUCAGCUUGCCUUCAAGGUCCUCAGUGCCGCUUUUGUUCAACGCUGCAAUGCUGACUUGCCCAUCAGCCAGCUGGAGGAAGAUGUCGAUGUGCAGCAACGGGACUACGGCUGCGAGGUCACUGCGAGAUUUGUGAAUGGCUUCUCGUCGACAUUCAGGCUCAGUGACAAUGGCCAGUCGGCAGCAUCUCUCGAGUUCUUCGAUGUUCAGGGGGAUCGCGCCGAUGGUCCGCUGUGCUCCCGCGACAACGCCCAAGACGUGGCUGCUACCAUUUGUCCUGCAGCCGUGGAAGCACUUGAGAAACAGAUGCAGACUAUGCGCGAGGAUUGCUCUAUGUCCUUCUUCACGUCGAUUCGCCUGCAAGGCUACAGGGUGAGGAGUGAAAGAGAGAGUGGGAACAUUGUGUGCCUGUGCAUAUUUGCCUCUCCCUUCUCUAAUUUCUCAGGUGAUGGAUGUUCGUUCUGAGACAAUCCAAGACGCCCCACAGAUCUCUUUCCGAGCUCUCGCAGCCCUCGGUGGGUGGUCCGAUGAGCUGGUCAUCCGACUAUUUGCUGCUUCGUCGGCUCACGGCAUCGAUGCGUCGUGCGAAGAGCAGGCAGAAGACCUCAGGUUGAUCCGCACUCUGCCGCCUCUGUGCGAGAUUGGCGCGGUUAUUCCUGACCUUCCGAUGCCUGAGGGCUUCCAUGAGGUGAAGGAGGAAGAAGGAGUGGAGCUGGAGAGCGAUGGAGAGGAGGGGACGACAGUGGCUUCAAAUGUUACUAUGACAAGCCGCCCGCCAUUCAGCAUCACGGCAUCGCCCGUCCCUCAGAUGCCUUCCGACAGCAGUCUAGACCCCUUCUUCACCUUCCAACAGAAGAACAAGAGCUACCACAGUCUGAUCAGGAGCCAUCGGGCACUCCCUCACCCCCGGCACUUCUAUGCGGAUCUCAAGAAUCUUCCCCACGGUCAAUUUGACUCGUUUCUCGCGCAGUGGCCUGCAUCACAAGCCUCUCGAACAAACCGUGACGCGGGCGACACGACCCAUACGACAAUCGUGCCCUACCUUGACUGGGGGAAGGUGCGCGACCUCAGUGAGGCGCUCGUGAGGGAGGUGCUGCAGUCGAGAGGAGGGAAGCCCUUGCCUGACGAGUGGGAUUUUCGCAAGGAGGUUCCGCAGUGUGUGAGAAAGGUGAGGGCUCAACGCGAGUGCGGCAGUUGUUGGGCCUUUGCGGCCCUUGGCGCCUUAGAAAAGCAGAUAUGCAAGAGGUAUGGACGAUUGCCAGCUGUACAGUUAGUUGUAUCUCUGUGUCUCUCAUUGAUGAGUGAAUUCGUUGGUUGUAGGUCUGAGGGCCGCGCAUCUCCCAACUUGAGCCGUGAAGAGCUUGUCCGCUGCAGUGCGAACAACUAUGGCUGCGACUGCGGCAAUGUUUACUGGGUGGGGGCGCAAAGACUGUAGAAGUCCUCGUACGUCUGUGUGCCCUGCUCCGCUUCAGGCGUACAUGGACUUGAUAGAGAUGGAGGGAGUCGGCACCAAGGAUUGCGUGGCAUACAGAGCCGGGCAUUCUGGGACACCAGCGACAGGUAUUGCCCCCACUUUUAGUGCACAUGUUCAUCGCCAUUUCCUUUCUAAUCUGUUUGUGUUGAAGGCUCCCCGGUCGGCGAUGACUUUUGUGUCGGCAUCGACUCAUCCUGUGGGCAGCGGUACACCAACCGCUACGCUCGCGAUGACCCGGAGUGGGUACUGCUGAUACGUCUGUACUUCCUGACGCACUAUGGAUAUGAGCACGACAAGGACGAAAUCGCUGACUACCUUGACACAUUCAAGUGGGCAUGGAUGGAUGGUGGACACAGACAGGGGGGAAACGGACGGGAGAACGGGAGAGUGUGUCUGUCUGCUGUCGUGUGCUGCAGGGAGGUAUUUGCUACGGAUGCUGUGUAUUUCGUCCAUGGGGAGGAAGCCAUCAAGGCAGCCAUAUAUGCGUAAGGAUCAAGGCGCCAAGCCGCAACAGAUUGCCACUGGCAUUCGGUUUCCCUCUAUAGGUAUGGUUCCGUGUUCGCCUCAAUGGCGUCUGUUUACAAAGACUUCUUUGACUACACAUCAGGGAUCUAUUCCCACACGUACGGCAGCGAAUCGCUUGGUGGUCACGCCGUUCAACUCAUAGGUACGCCGGAGAGAGCAUCUCAUGCCCAGUAAGCGUACUUUUCUCAGGUUGGGGUGUCGAUCCCACGGACACAAAAUACUGGAUCGCAGAGAACAGCUAUGGGGAUGCCUGGGGCGAAACACGGGAUUUCAGACCAUGUAGUAAGAAGGCAAUGGACACACACACUGACAAACAUGCACUCCUGAUGACAUGGACUCGUUCCUCAGAGACCCAGGCGUGUCAAGGUGACUUCUGCAAAAGAGCAUUCAUCCAGAGGCGGUGA